CAGAAAAUGAACGCCUCUUCCUGCUGUGAUCCUGCACUCAGCAUGUAUCAACACAGCUCAGGGUUUGACCUCAAUGCCAGCUGUGACUUGCUGACUCCUCACUGUAACUGGACGUCGGUGGACAGCGCGCUGCAGCUGCCCACCUUUUCGACGGCAGCCAAAGUCAGAGUGAUCGUUACCUUCAUCUUGUGUGGCAUUUCCACUUUCUGCAAUUUGGCUGUGCUUUGGGCGGCCCACAGCCACAAGCGGAAAUCCCAUGUCCGAGUGCUGAUAAUCAACCUGACUGCGGCCGAUCUCCUGGUUACCUUCAUCGUGAUGCCCGUUGACGCGGUUUGGAACAUCACAGUCCAGUGGCUGGCUGGCGACCUGGCCUGCAGAUUACUGAUGUUCCUCAAGCUGCAGGCCAUGUACUCCUGCGCCUUUGUCACAGUGGUGAUAAGUCUUGACAGACAGUUGGCUAUACUCAACCCUCUGGCCAUCAGCAUGGCCCGGAGAAGGAACAGGGUCAUGCUGACCGUGGCUUGGGCUAUGAGCGUCUUGUUCUCGAUCCCCCAGAUUUUUAUUUUCCAUAAUGUGACCAUCACGUAUCCAGCCAACUUUACUCAGUGCACCACUAGGGGGAGCUUUGUCACUCACUGGCAGGAAACAGCCUACAACAUGUUCACCUUCUCCUGCCUCUUCCUGCUGCCGCUGGUCCUAAUGAUUAUCUGCUACACCAGGAUCUUCAUCCAGAUCUCUAGACGGAUGUCAAAAAAGAACUUUUCGCCAAACGAGCCAAAUCUCCGUUGCUCAAAGAACAACAUCCCCAGAGCUAGAAUGAGAACUCUGAAAAUGAGCAUUGUCAUAGUGAUCAGCUUCAUAGUCUGCUGGACUCCGUACUACCUGUUGGGUUUGUGGUACUGGUUUUCCCCCGACGACCUGGAGGGAAAAGUCUCCCACUCCCUCACCCACAUCCUGUUCAUAUUUGGGCUUUUCAACACCUGCCUGGACCCCAUCAUAUACGGCCUUUUCACCAUACGCUUCCGCAAGGGGCUGAGAAGCUGCUACCACAAAACAACAGUGACGUCAGAUCGGGAAAAUAGCAGGGUGAUAUUGAAAUGUACUGAGCCUGUUUUGCCCUCUAAUAGAGGAAUGGCCCCUGUUGACACGGACAGCAACUGUGAACAGACUGAGUCAACGUGA